AUGUCAGGCGCACAAAAUACCACAGAGGACACAAAGGUGAUGGGAGCUGGUAUUCUUCCAGCUUCCCACUGGCAAUCGCUCCCAGUCGACAACCCUGAUGAUGAUGACAAGUCACUGCGGAGCCAGAGCAUGGUCAGCAGUACCACAUCUCUCCGUGAAAGUAUCCUACAGUACCGAAAGCUCUUCGGUCGAACCUAUCAUCACGAGUACGGCGAUGCUGAGUCUUGGAUUCCGAAUGAUGAAAAACACAGGGAAUGUAUGGAGCUUGGCCAUUAUAUCGUCCUCUUACUCCAAGACAACAAAUUAUUUUACAGCCCUUUAGACACAGAUAAGAUCAAGCGAGUGGUCGACAUUGGCACCGGCACAGGCAUUUGGGCAAUGGAUUUUGCGGAUCAAUACCCCCACGUUGAAGUUACAGGGACAGAUAUCACACCGAUCCAGCCCACAUGGACCCCCCCGAAUCUAACGUUCGAGCUUGAUGACGCAAAUCAAGAAUGGACCUGGCCUGAUAAUACAUUCGACUUUGUUUAUGUCCGGUUCUUGAAUGGUUGUAUCCGCGACUGGGAGAAGUUCUAUCGUCAGGCAUAUCGCUGCCUUAAGCCCGGUGGAUGGCUUGAGCACCAUGAGGUCGCUCUUGAAUGGAAGAGUGAUACCCAGGAAAUCCCCCCCCACAGCCCAAUCGGUCAGCUAAUCCAGCUCUUCACGAGUGCGGGAGAGAAAAUUGGUCGAACCUUCCGGACAGUUGAUGACUGUCUCCAAAAGCCAGCUAUGGAGGCAGCUGGAUUUGUCGACCUCCAAGAAAAGUAUCUGAAGUGUCCCUUGGGUGACUGGCCUACGGACCCGCAACAAAAACAGGUUGGCCUGCUGAUGAACGAGGCUCUCCUUGGGGACCUUGAAGGUUAUACCAUCUAUGUCUACACGGCAAUUAUGGGUUGGAAAGAAGAGGAGGCAAGAGCCAUGAUCGCCCACUUGCGUGCCCACUUCCGCAAGCCUGGACUGAAUCCCUAUAUCCCUCGGCGGGUUGUUUGGGGCAGGAAACCUGAAGUUUGA